CGUGCGUGCUAAUGUGAUUCGGUUUACGCGUGUUAAUCAUUGUUUUUGUUUAUAUUUUGUUAUACUUUUUAACAAAAUCGAUGUGAAAAUCAAGUUGAAAUAUGUAUUCUAUUAGAUUAGUUAUUGCUGACAGUUAUCAAGCAGCUCCAAUACCUGAUGUCGAUCCGACCUUCUCACAAUUUCGGGGAAAUGGAAUUAAACAAGUUCCUAUUGUACGGAUUUUUGGAAUCACUGAUAAAGGUGACAAAGUAUGUCUUCAUGUACAUGGAGUUUUCCCAUACCUGUAUGUUCCUUAUACAGGACAAAUCAAAGCAGAUAUUUUGAUGUACAGACUUGCAGCAUCAUUAGAUGCAGCUAUCAAUGUUUCUCUAGGAGCUGCAAAGUCAAAUACUCAACAUGUUUAUAAAAUUCAAGAAGUAUCUGCUAUACCUUUGUAUGGCUAUUAUAGGAAAGGACAUCAUUUUUUCAAAAUAUAUUUUUAUAAUCCUGCUAUGCAUAAAAGAGCCAUUGACUUGCUGCAGAGUGGAUGUGUACUUGAUUCAAUUUUUCAACCUUAUGAAGCUCAUAUUCCAUUUAUACUACAGUUCAUGAUAGAUUAUAAUAUAUAUGGUAUGAGCAUGAUAAAUGUGAGGAAUGUUAAACAUCGCCAUCAAACUACAGUAUCUCAAAAUGAAGAAAAAUCAUUUUAUACUUCAGACAAUGUACUUGAUUUUGAUAAAAAAGAAUACUUACCAUUUUCUGUAGUAAGACAAAGUGUAUGCAAACUAGAGCUAGAUGUUUGGGCUUCUGACAUUCUCAAUAGAGAAGUCAUUGAUAAAGGAAUUGAUCUCAAUCCUGGUAUUGCUGCAAUUUGGGAAGAAGAGAAAACUAGAAGAACUGAAGCUGGCUUAGGUGGAGAUUCACAAUUAACAUAUCCAGACAGUCCAGCAAGAUCACAAGCAGCAAAAAUUCUAACAGAGAAUGACAUUUACUAUGAAAGAAGAUUUCUGCAGCGUCUAGCUAGUCUUGAAUCUCAGGCUAAUGAAACUGUACUAACACCAAGUAGAGAUCAUUCAUCGUAUCCUAUUCCUGUAUCGCAUAAUAGCCAUUUAUUGAAUGCAUCACAACUGGAAAUACAUGUUGGUCCUGUAGACACUUCUGUUACACAAAGAUUUGUGAAUCAGCAAAAUGUAAAUGAUAAUUUAUCAUUGUCAUUACAAUCUCAAGCUUCAUUCAGCAAUGUAUCUCUAGACACUAGUGACCUUGAUCUUGUAAAUAUCUUAGCAAACUUAGCUGAGAAUCAAGAGAACAGUCGUAAUGAAAUAGAUUCUGAUAGCAUUCUUGGGUCCCAAAUGUCCCAACAAGAUUUUCCUUUGGAACAAGAUAAUAAUGAAUACAAUGAAGAGGAAGAAGUACUUGAUUUGAAUCUUACAUGUUUAGAAUUGGAUAAUUUAAAUUUUAGCUCCUGGGAAAUGUCACAGUAUAAUUCGGAAAAAUCACAGCACCAAACUCAAAAGAGUAUUGGCUCUCAAAUAGAGCUUGUAUUAGAAUCAUUAAACAAUCCUGGACCGUCAAGUUCAACCAAGAAUAUUCCUCAAUUAGAUGGUCCCAUUGAUGACGAAAAUUCAAGAUCAGGUCCUAGCGACGAUACUGAUGUAACAAUAGCAAGACAAGAGUUUCUUGAGUGCGAUUAUAGACGAAGUCGAAGUGGUACACGUUCUGUUCCCGUUACACCUCAAAAAAGGAAACGCGUCUCGAACAGCGAGGACGACGAUUCUCGAAGUCCAGAGGGAAAAAAAUCAAAAAAGCAACUACCAAAAACACCACGACGUUCGCCAAAUAAACGUACGAGUAAACUCACGAGUCCAAGUUGUCCUACCCGUACAUAUUCUCCAUUAAAUCUUGAAAUCAGUAGAGUUGGUCAGGAAACACCCAAAAGAUCUACAACUCCUAUUGCUUCAUCUUGUGCGUCGCCAUCAAAUUCCAGAUCUGUUCGGCAAAAAUUGAGAGAGAGUUUUCGGCGAAAAACAAUAUUUUCACCAGUAAAAGAGUCAAAUGCAGAAAUAGAACACAAUCCAGUUGAAUCUGAGAAUACAAAGUCUUUAAAGACUACGAAGGAACUAUUUAUGCUUAAAAAAUCCGUAAGUAAAACGUCUGAUAGCGACGAUACAUUAGUUGAAGAUUCAGACGAAUCAAACGGAACUCUCACGUCUUUUCCGAUAUUGAAACCAGUUAUUAUUGACGAUAGUGAUUCUAAUCAACCGAAUUCUCAAGAAAAAUUGUCAAACUUAUCAAACUACAUUGGAUCUUUACAAACGUUACCGGAAAAACAAAGAGAUACAUCAAUUCUUCCAAUCGAAAUAUCUUAUACCCAUAUACCAGAAACAGGUUAUAAGAAUUUAGCGGAUGAAGUUAACUCAUCCUUUUUUGCUCAAAUAAAUUCUGAAACAGCUAUGGCAUUGCAGCCUUCUCCGGAUAUACAAUCAAUUUCAGGCAAGGUUACAAAGUACGGCUCCUUCAGAAACGAAAAUAUUCGAAACAACGAAAAUUCAGACCUAGAGCAAAUAAAUAUAGUUAAACAGUCUUUCAGCGAAAUACCUGGAACGAAUCAAAAGAAAUUAAGAGAAGGUGAAAUUCAAUCAUCCUUUUUCAUUCAAACACGUUCUGACGGGGUGAUAACGUUUCCAUCUCCUCCUAGCAGACAACAAGUUUUAGAAAACAUGAAAAAGUACGAAUUACUAAAAUAUGAUGACAGACAUGAAAAUGUAAAUUCAAAGCCAGAAGAACAAAUAUAUAAACAAGCUGAACUCUCUAGCAAUCAAAUUCUUGAAGUCAGACAAAAAGAAUCCUCAAUUUCACCAAAAUGUCAUCUUUUCAGUGAGCAAAAAACGUUGGAAAGCACGAACAAUUCCAAUCCGCGAAAAUGUGAGAACCUUGAGCCUUUCUUUAGUAAUCCAGAGGAUGCAAUUGGUUUACCAACCCAUUAUCAAACCACGAAAAGCUUGAAAAAGCCUCGGUGUAUACCAGAUGAAGCCCACUCUCGUCUUCAAUGGCAAAUAUAUAGUUCGGAGCCAUUUCCAUUUGAUAAUAAUGAUAAAAUAACUGCCCUCACACCGGCGAUACUGCCACCAAGCAAAGAAUCUGUUAUAGCUCGAUGGGAAAAACAAAACAAAUUGAAAAAAGCUCAAGAAAAAGAGGAGAAAAAGAAGAAAAUAGAAAUGGACUUGCAACGUAGACUGACGCAAAGCUCAGCAAUGUUAAGUAAUAACAGCACAAUUGUGGAUCAGACUUUAAGAAUAUCAAAGUUAUUCAAAGACAACCAGGCCAGUGAUACGUCGAAACAUUUAGGAAUUUCUUGUGGUGAAAUUGAAGGUCCAUCACGAACGACUCUAGUUCCUGCAGACGGGGAUAUUGGAGCUAAAGCUUUAGCAUCACAUCAAUUUUUGACAGUAAUUUGUCUAGAAGUACACGUUAUCACGCGGCCAGGUCUUCUGCCUGAUCCAAAAUUAGAUCCGAUUGCGGCUAUUUUCUACGCUAUUUAUAAUGAUGUUCCAUCCGACUGGAACAAAGUGAAAACGUUAGAUUGUGGCGUCAUCAUCGUAGAUCCUAAUAAAGUAAACUCCAAACCUUCACAUGUAACGGGCACCAAUCAAGAUGAGCAGACUUUAUCGUACGUUGCGACCGAAGAAGACUCAUUUGAAAAACUAUUAGCAAUUAUUGCAAGUUGUGAUCCGGAAAUAUUGAUUGGCUGGGAUAUUGAUGUCCAAUCGUGGGGAUACCUUUUUCAGCGCGCUUCUAUUCUUGGAAAAAAUUUAAGUGGCAAAGUUUCGCGCAUUCCAGCAACAAAAUGUACUUGGGAAGAGCAGCGCGGCGAUCCAUCAGCUUCGGAGAUACGAAUUGAAACUUUGGCAGAAGUGAGACUACCUGGUCGUAUUGUCUUGGAAAUUUGGAGAAUAAUGAAAUAUGAAAUAGCUCUCUAUAGUUAUACUUACGAAAACGUCAUGUACAAUGUGAUGAACGAGAGGAUUCCAAGUCCAAGCUUCGAUACGUUAACUCAUUGGUGGCAGUCAUCACUUAGUCAGUGGAGGGUCUUCGAUUAUUACGCUAACAAAGUCAUAGGCAUCAACAGAUUACUGCAUCACUUUGACAUUAUCAAUCGAACAAGCGAGCAUGCUCGCCUGUACGGUGUGCAGUUCUUAGAAGUAUUUUCCCGUGGUUCGCAGUUUCGCGUCGAGUCGAUGAUGCUUCGUAUAGCCAAACCCUUGAACUACAUACCCUGCUCGCCAUCCCCGCAACAACGCGCAAGUAUGCGAGCACCGGAAUCAUUACCUCUUAUUAUGGAACCUGAGUCUACAAUGUAUGUCGAUCCCGUAAUUGUGCUUGAUUUUCAAAGCUUGUAUCCUAGUAUUAUUAUCGCUUACAAUUAUUGCUUUUCUACGUGUUUGGGUCGUGUUGAGCACAUUGGAGCACCCUAUCCAUUUGAAUUUGGGUGUACUACUUUGAAAGUGCCCAAAAAUCUUGCUCUCAAGUUACAAGAUAAAGUCAACUUUGCCCCGUGUGGAGUUGCGUUCGUAAAGCAAGAAGUUCGUCAGGGUAUUUUACCACGAAUGUUGACGGAAAUUCUAAAUACUAGAUUUAUGGUUAAGAAAGCAAUAAAAGACCAUCCUAAAGAAGAUCUCGCAUUACAAAGGGCAUUGUACUCUCGACAACUGGGAUUAAAACUCAUUGCUAACGUUACUUACGGAUACACUGCUGCUAAUUUUAGCGGUAGAAUGCCUUGCAUUGAAGUCGGUGAUAGUGUUGUCAGCAAGGGAAAAGAAACUUUAGAACGAGCGAUCCAAAUUGUUGAGUCCACUCCGAAAUGGGGAGCUCGAGUGAUUUACGGUGACACUGAUUCUUUAUUUGUUUUAGUUGAAGGUAGAUCGAGAGAAGAGGCUUUCAAAAUUGGAGCGGAAAUCGCCGAUAGUGUGACUGCCAUGAAUCCGAAACCAGUCAAGUUAAAAUUUGAAAAAGUUUUGCAACCUUGUAUUCUUCAGACUAAAAAGCGAUAUUGCGGUUACAUGUAUGAAAAUUUAAAUGAUAAGCCAGUUUACUUGGCCAAAGGUAUUGAAACCGUUCGUCGUGACGGAUGUCCUGCAGUCGCUAAAAUUCUCGAGAAGUCAUUAAAAAUUCUAUUCGAAACGAAAGAUUUAUCAAAAGUAAAGCAGUACGUCACAAGGCAACUAGAUAAAGUAUUAAGCGGCCGGGCAUCCAUUCAAGAUUUAACUUUUGCAAAAGAAUUUCGAGGAUUAAAAGGAUAUAAAGCAGCUGCCUGUGUGCCUGCGCUCGAACUUACUAAGCGAAUGAUACAAAAAGAUCCACGAGCUAUACCGAGAACUGGCUCUCGAGUACCUUACAUCAUUGUAGCUGGAGGACCUAAUGAACCUCUUAUACGUUGUGUUAAAUCUCCGAUGGAAGUACUAAUGGAUUCGAGUCUAAGGCCGAAUGCUACUUAUUACAUUACCAAAGUUAUUAUUCCGCCUUUAAACAGGUGUCUGAAUUUGAUUGGAGUUGACGCAUAUGCUUGGUUUAUGACAAUGCCGCAUCGUCAAGCUGCGCAAAGAGUACAAGGAGCUAUGUUAGCUAAUACCAAACGUAAACAAAAAACGACAAUAUCACAGUAUUUAUAUAAUAUUUCAUGUCCAUGUUGUGGACAAGCAUGUGAUAAAGGUAUUUGUAAUGAGUGUAUCAAAAAUAAGAUAACAACACUAAUCGAUCUUCAUGAAAAAUGUCGACAAUAUGAAAGAAUUUAUUCCAAUAUUAAGAUGAUCUGUGAAUCUUGUAUUGGUGUCAAAGAUGCAGACAGCUGUAUAUCCUUAGACUGUCCAAUAUUUUACCGAAGAAUUUGUGCUCAGAGAGACAAUUCGCAAAUUCCUUAUUUGUACGAUUUAAUCAACUCUAUGGAAUAUUUAACUUGAUGUUCUCAUUAACAAGAAACAUGUUAUACAAAACUGUGAUAAUCCAACAAAAAGAGAUGAAUCUAGAUAUCUAUAUAAUUUAUACAAAUGUACAUUUUUGUAAAUAUUGUUAUUAUAUCAAAACUUAUUUUCUUUUUAUAAAUAUUUGUUAACUGCACCCAUGAUUCAUGAAAAUAUAUCUUUUGUUGUAUAAAAAAUUCUAUAGUUGCUUUAUGUGAAGGAUUUCAUCCAGUAGACAUCUUGUUUUUUGUUGAUUCAAUUCCAUUUUUUGAUAAUAAAUUUGUACACUCAUACCAUGGAAGUCAUAGACAUUUUAAAUUCAAAUGAUGCAAAAUG